CUCUGUAAAAUAAUAAAAAUCAGUUCGAUCAUUAAGUUCACUCGUGGUUGUUACUGAAGUUAUAGAGUAUACUAAGAAAGAGAUAUGGCGAGCAACUCGAACACAACAGACUUCGAUUCAGUGCAAGCAUUAAAUAUUCUUGCUGUUAAAGCAAAUUACAGUGAUAGAAGCUUUAUGGAAAUUAUUCGUGACUUUCCCACGAUAUACGACAAGCGAACAAACGGUUUUCAUGACAAACGAAAGAAAGCUAACUGCUGGCGACGAAUAGCUGAAUUGCUUGAAACUACAACAGAAGAAGUGGAAAGGAGAUACAAGACUAUUCAUCUCACUUGUAAAAGGCUGGCUGCCCCGUCUUCUUUAAUAAUUUCUUCAAAGCAAAGACAUCACGUAUUUGGUUGCGUCGUCCUUAAUCUCUCAAAAUUUGUUAAGAAAAUUCAGAAACAGUUCAGUCAUGGCGGGGUCAGAGAUACCAUGGAUAGAGGGAGUGGCAAAUAAAGGUAAAGAACUUAUUUUCCCUGGAAGACACGUGCAACAACACGAGUGGAAGCCAGAAUGGAAUCGUGAAUUUCGUAAACACUAUGACUACAUCUCAGAUUACGAAUGUCCUUUUCUUUACUCAAAAGAAAGACACGAGCCAAUUCUCAGCCAGACAAAAAAAGAAAAUUUGCGGGCUGCUAAACAGCAAAGAGAUCCAAUCCUAAUCGACACUCUGGUUCAUCGCACACCAUUUCCUAACAUGAAUAGAAUAAUUUCAGAUAAAGGCUUUAAAGGCGGCAAGAAAAAGAUCAAUAAGAGGCAAAAAGCUUAUUUGUCUUGGUGGAGUCCACGUGUCAGCAAUGAUGUCUGCAAAAAUCUGCAAGAUCAAAUGCAAACGUUUUUCUCGCAAUUUGCCGAUGAUAAAAUCAACAGCAUAAAUGAUAUUACAGAGCAGUUUGGAGAAUCCGAUGCGUUUUAUUUUGGUCGUUAUCGCGGUCAAGGGCAUGAAUGUGAGUAUUAUUUUGAAUACUCAAUCGACGAGCUGCUUAAAUCUUAUCAAGACCAUAUUGGCGAUGAGAAGAUGGAAUUUAGAAUACUGGGAACUUUUGCAUACCUUGUCAAAGUAGAGUACAACGUUCUCGUUUGCAGUGAAAGCGCUGGGAAAGAUGAAUUUGCUGAAUACCCGCUCGUACCGGAAGAGAACAAUGUCGU